GAAACAAUGCAAAUGUCGUUGGUCUGAGCAUCAUUCAAAAGCCUCCCACCCAUCUGUGAAUUCUUCCCAGACUCUUCUGUCAGGGCCGUGUUACAGGUCCUCUGCCGGCAGGGGGGAGCUCUCCAACAAAACCUAUAGACCCGAAAUCUUUCAGAAGCUGUGACGAGAAGACUAGGACGAGCUGAAUGGAUGUCUUAAUAGGCUUUUAGAUGUGAUUUGGCCAGUCUUGGCAGAGGAAACUCACAGGAAAAAGGCAGCAAGCAUUAUAACGUAAAUCACUGCAGACCCACUGGGCGUGACAGCCUGGGAAGCUAGUGAUUUCUCCAGGAAAGAAUUGACUGCAGUUAUCCAGCAACAGAACCUGGUGUAGAAUGGGGAGGACAGACCCCCGGAUGUCCCGAAGAUGGCCUAGUGACAAGGGCACCUUCCAAUGAUCGGGAGCAUCUGUCUCCGUGGGUGCCAGCCCGGCCAGUGGUGUCGUGUGGAGCUGAAGGGACGUGCCUACCUCUAUCUGGAAACCUCAUUCUCUCCUAAUUCAUGAGCCAGCAGGAUGCGGUCGCUGCGCUUUCAGAACGCCUUCUCAUAGCCGCGUACAAAGGCCAAGCGGAGAAUGUGGUUCAGCUCAUCAACAAGGGCGCCAAGGUAGCAGUUACCAAGCAUGGCCGGACGCCCCUGCAUCUUGCUGCCAACAAGGGUCACCUUCCUGUGGUCCAGAUCUUGCUGAAGGCGGGCUGCGACCUCGAUGUUCAGGAUGAUGGGGAUCAGACCGCCUUGCACCGGGCCACAGUGGUGGGGAACACGGAGGUCAUCGCAGCACUCAUCCAGGAGGGCUGUGCCCUGGACCGGCAAGACAAGGAUGGGAAUACAGCCCUGCACGAGGCAUCCUGGCACGGGUUCAGCCAGUCAGUCAAGCUGCUCGUUAAAGCAGGUGCCAACGUGCUUGCCAAGAACAAGGCAGGGAACACGGCCCUGCACCUGGCCUGCCAGAACAGCCACUCCCAGAGCGCACGCGUCCUCCUGCUGGGCGGCUCCCGCGCCGACCUCAAAAAUAACGCAGGCGACACCUGUUUGCACGUUGCCGCGCGCUAUAAUCACUUGUCCAUCAUUAAGCUCCUCCUCAGUGCUUUCUGUUCUGUCCAUGAAAAGAACCAGGCUGGAGACACAGCGCUUCAUGUGGCUGCUUCCCUAAAUCACAAGAAGGUGGUUAAAAUCUUGCUGGAGGCUGGAGCAGAUGGGACCAUCGUCAAUAAUGCAGGCCAGACCCCGCUGGAGGCUGCCCGCUACCACAAUAAUCCAGAAGUCGCUCUUCUCCUCACUAAGGCUCCCCAGGUCUUGCGCUUCAGUCGUGGGCGAAGCCUGAGGAAAAAGAGAGAGAGGCUCAAGGAAGAGAGGCGAGCGCAGUCUGUGCCAAGAGAUGAGGUGGCACAAAGCAAGAGGGUUCUCUCUGCUAUGAACUGUGAGGGUCCAAGUUCCAGGAAUGAGUGGAGUGGUUUCUUGUUGAACUGCAGAAGACCAGAAAUCUCUAAUGCUGAGGGAAGUGUCUCGGCAGGAGACACCCCCAGUAGUGAUCAGGCUGCACCCAGAAAAGAAGAGGCCAGAGAAGAUUUCCUGUCAGCCUCCCCAGAACCCCGAGCGAAGGACAACAGGCAGAGAAAGUCAAGGCCCAAGGUAUCAGCGUUUUCUGACCCCACCCCACCUGCAGACCAACAGCCAGGACACCAGAAGAACUUGCACACUCAUAGUCACCCUAAAAAGAGGCCCAGGCAUCAGUGUUCACCUCCACCCCCUCCCCAUGAGUUCAGGGCAUACCAGCUCUACACGCUGUACCGGGGCAAGGACGGGAAAGUGAUGCAGGCACCAAUAAAUGGUUGUCGAUGUGAGCCCCUCAUCAACAAGCUGGAGAAUCAGCUGGAAGCGACUGUGGAGGAGAUCAAAGCAGAGCUGGGAUCCGUUCAGGAUAAAAUGAACACAAAACUGGGGCACAUGGAGAAUAAGACCCAGCACCAAAUGCGCGUUCUGGACAAGUUGAUGGUGGAGCGACUCUCAGCAGAGAGGACAGAGUGCCUGACCCGCCUGCAGCAGCACUCAGACACAGAGAAGCAUGAGGGAGAGAAGCGACAGCUGUCCUUGGUGGAUGAAUUAAAAACUUGGUGCAUGUUAAAGAUUCAGCAUCUGGAACUGAAGCUUUCUGGAGAUUCUAGGGCCCCUAGGGCUAAAUCCACACCAUCUACUUGCGAGUCCUCUACAGGUGUGGAUCCAUCCGUGGUGACCGCAGGUCCAGUGGCAGCUUCGGACAGUUCCCCUCAGGUGGUCAGGCCCAAGGAAAAGGCCCUCAACACCACGGCUACUCACAGACUCCAGCAGGAGCUGUCUUCCUCAGACUGCACAGGCUCCCGACUGAGGAACGUCAAAGUCCAGACAGCCUCGCUGCCUUUGAAGGAGGCAGCGAGGGGUGACCCGCAGGCUGGGCCCUGUGUCGACAGAGGCACGCAAACCAAGAAGUCUGCGAAAAGUGGGCAGACAAGGCACCGAGCCCAGCACCCAGCACCCAGCAACACCUGCGGGCAGCCACCACCAGCAAUGGGCAGCAAGCAGGCUGCCCCUCAUGUUCGAGACACCUCCCAAGCUCUGGAGAUCACACAGUACUUUUUUGAGGCUGUCGCUACGCAGAUGGAAAAGUGGUAUGAAAGAAAGAUUGAAGAAGCACGAAGCCAAGCCAGCCAGAAAGCCCAGCAAGACAAGGCCACACUGAAGGAACAUAUUAAAAGUUUGGAAGAGGAACUUGCUAAGCUCAGGACUAAGGUGCAGAAGGAAAAUUAGGACCUGGGAAGUGGCCCAAGAAAGGAUUCUUGAGGAUUUCUAGUUUUGCAACUGCAGAAUAGUUAUGCCCAAGGUGUCAGUUACUGUGCACGGAGCAGACUUGCCUUUAACAGAUCACUGAUUUCUAAAAUGUGCCAGACACACACGUUUCCUAUGCCCUGAAGUUAUGAAGACUUCGACAAUUAAACUGAAACCAGGGAAAGCUUGCUUAGUGUCAGGUUUCAUUACAAAUUUAAAACCUCAGUCCAGGUUCAUCUGAAGUUCAAAAGCUCAGAUUAAGUGAGCUACUAAGAAACUAAUUGACGUGUCAGCCUAAACCCUGAAAUUCAGGAUGUACAAAAUAACAGCAAG